UCGGCGGCCACAACAGUGCAACACAAUCCUUCCAACUUCUUUUUUCACAAAUCAGGCAUGUCUGUCAGUCAGCUGGAUCCUAGUUUAAUGGACUUGUCCCCAUUGGGGCAAACUGUGGCCCAAUCCCCAAGCGGCGGCCCAAACGUCUCUCAUCUCAACCUUGGUACUGAUUCUUCGCCCAAGGGAGCUGACCCGACGGACUCACCCAACCAGACUCAAGGUGUUCCAAGUAAGAAGGGCCCCCGACCACGACGAACCAAAGAUGAGAUGAUCUUGUACCGAGCUGAACAGGAUCGAGUCAAGAAGGCUAAGUCGCUGGCCAAGGCCAAGGGGAAACGAGGACGUAAAGCUCUGCCACGUGGACACCUAUCUCGGGGUUCGCAACGUGCACCUCAUGCCGACUCACAUUCCAGUGGACCCGGCUCUGCCCCACCAGGGUCACAACCACCCGUUUCCGAUGCCAACCCGCCAUUCAUCGCCGAGGACUACGAGCAUGUCUGUAGCUACCUAGAGGAGGAAUCAAACUACACCCAACUGUACGGUGAUGGGUCCAAGACCACCGUUGGGACCACCAAGGUGACCAAGGCCGCCGCGUAUGACAUAUUUGCGAUCUAUGUUAAUGACAAUUCAAACCGUCGCCUCCGUCUCACCGGCAGCCAGCUACGCCAAAGGAUCGAUGGCUACAAGAAGCGUUUCUUGAAGGCCAAAGACUGGGCAGAAAAUACCGGCGCAGGGAUUGAAGAAGGUGACGACUUACCCACGCUAGCCGAGCUCCUGGAGAAGAAGUGUCCGUGUUACGAGAGGAUGUACGGGAUCUUUGGGCAGAAGGCUAAUGUGACCCCCUUGGCUCAGCAUGACUCUGGGGUGGGUGCCGAUCUUUAUCCCAAUUCGCAAGGUCGGCCUCUCAACGAAUCGCAGGAGAUCUUCUUUUCAGGGUGGGACGAAACCCAGGACGAUCUCCCGCAGGACCCGCUUGAGACUCCGGAUGACCGGGUCGAUGAGUCGGAUCUCCCGCCUCCGCUCAAUCUCAGUGGGACCGCAUUGGAUGCUUCGCCCUGUUUGAUGACGCAUUGUUCCCUGGCUUGCAUAGGCCCCCCAGGGUCCCCCUUGGGCACUCCCGAUACCGGUGGAGGAAACGCAAGCAAUAGCCGCAGCAUUGGCCGUCGUCCGUUUGCCAACCAGCCAUCGGCCGACGCAAGUCCCGGGGGGCCACUUAGGGAAGUUCCUCGUCCUAAGACGUCUCUGGCUUCGGCUUUCGAAAGUUCAAAUGCCGACAAGUUCUCGUACCUCAAGCAGCAUAUGGCUUUGGAGAAGGCUAAGGAGGACAAUCGCCUCGAGUGGGAAAAGGAACGGUUUGAUAAGGAGAUAACUGAGGCGAAGAAUCUCGCGGCGGCCCGCGCAACACUGGCACAAACAAAGCUGGCGGCGGCUCAAGAUUUGCUCAAAAGCGGAACAACCGCGUCCGAGGUCGAUGCGCUCUUGAAGACCAUCUAUGGUUGAGUUGGACUGACAAGAUGAUUGAGUUGGACCGACUAGGUUUGAGAAUCCAUUCCGCAUGGAUUUCGUUCAAUGGUCAACACGCCGG